AUGACAAAAGCGUUGGUUUUCAUUUCUGUGCUGGUUCUGGGGUGGACUUGGACCCUCCAAGGGAUUUAUGUGCGGAGGCCGAGUGAUGUGGAUGAGGUGAGUUACAACAUCUAUGUGUUUUUUCUUUUGUAAUCUCUUACACGGCUGCCUACUGAUGCACUAAUGAUGUUUAAGAUUACAGCUCUCUCCUUUAAUGCUACAUGUCUGGAUUAAUAUUGGGAUUUUCUGCUGUUAUACUGCUCCUGAUUCAGGCUGACACAAGUUUCGAAUGUCUGUAAAUAUGAACAGGACAUUUCAUUGAUUUUGAAGAUAAAGGAUUACAGAAUAGCAGAAUAUUUAGAGAACAAGUUUUUAAGUGUCAUCGUACCUUUAAGUGAGUUUACCUCUGGUUUGAUUUAGGAGGUGAGUGAUAAUGUGGCUCCUGCGGGUAACAGAACUCACGUCAAUGGAACAGGUAACAGAUUUAUUGUACAUUUAUACUGUGUUCUGCUUUAUAGAUAGGUAUUUUAAUUAUAUGCAGGUCCCAUGUCUUAUAUUUCUCACUUCUCUCCAUUCUGUCUUCUCUCUCUUUCUUCCUGUAGAGGUGUGUCUCUUAGCUCCAGAAACAGGGCCAUGCAGGGCAUUUGUGGAACGCUUUUUCUACAACUCAUCCUCAAAGAACUGUGAAACCUUCGUCUUUGGAGGGUGUUUGGGAAACAGAAACAACUUUGAAAACGUGACUUCGUGUAUGGAGAGGUGUCACAAUACUAGUAAGGAGUUUUAAAUGUUAAAAAGUCUUGGUUUUGACUGCUCAUUUUUUAUCACGAGCUUCAUGUUCAAUUUCUUGUGUUUAAACUUUUGAAUAUUUUUACUCUUUUUCCAAAGCACAUGGCCAGGAGGAGGAGGAGCUGGACAGUGAUGAAUUGACUGAGCUUGAUCAGUAA